GCACAUGGUCGGCGUCUGGUCUGCCGGUGGCAGUUGUGGUAGUGGUGGUGUUUUGGUGGUGCCGCCACGUCGUGCCGCUCUUUGCUUCCGGAAGGUUGCCAGCUCGGCGAGUUUCUUGUUCUGAAAAGCUGCAGCGCCUGGCGGAUUUAAUUCCCCCCGUGCGCUCGCCACCGCCGUCCUUGACCGUCGUCGCGAAGACCGCGCGCGAUUGACCACCGCCGGCUUUCCCCUUUCGCAGCCCGCCCGAUGUCGUCAGCCGAGAGUGUGCCCGUGAAUGGAGGAGACUAAUCACCUGUCUCCGUCGCCGGUUUCUGUUGCCGCCGUAGUCUCGACGCCGCGCCGUCGUCUCUGGGGCCACACCAUCACCGAGAGCUAGGACGACAAGGCAGCUGCCCACGACGAAGCUCCGCCGUUCUGUGUUGGCGAUGGAUACGCGUGAUGGAUUACGGCUGCCGCGCCUACAUUAAGAACGUGUGACCUGAUUUAGCCACCGCCGCUUCUUUGCCCUUGAGCUUUCACACCGUUUGGGCGCCGCUCACAAGACUCCGACAGCUUUUUGUGAUCCAAUGUGCAAUUCCGGAGACCCUCCUUCACGUGACUGCGGGCGCCCUUCUCACAUGUUUGGACUGUGAGGUAGCCUGCACUUUACGAAAGUAAAGAAUCAAAGUGAACACAAAAGUGUACAGACGCGUCCUUGCUAGAUGACGAUGGUGCUUAGCGAAGAAACGCCGCGACCACUGGUCAAAAACCGAGCACAGAUGCUCCCAUCCGGUCCGCCGUCGCCGGACUCAACGCCACGGUUGACGCGAGAAGCGAACAACACACCCGUCAGUCACCACCAUCACCAUAGCCAUAACGAGAUCUCCAGAACGGACUUUAAGAUGCGGCCGCCUCCGGCACCUAAGACAGCGCUUCACAAAACUACAAAAGAACUUCCAACGCAAGUGCCUCCUCUUACUCCUGGGACCAACCAGAAGAUGACGCAAGCCUUAACUGCUAGCUUCAGUAGUUGGGAGAAGGAGCGAGAGACGCUCAACAUUCCCAAAGACCCCCGGCAGUGGACGGAGAUGGACGUGGCGCACUGGCUGGGUUGGGCGAUCCGCGAGUUCAGCUUGGAAGGCGUCAACAUGCCCAGCUUCGCCAUGAAGGGCAAGGACAUGUGCGCACUCGGCAAGGAGUCCUUCCUUACCAGGUUCCCACCGUUCAUGGGCGACAUCCUCUGGGAGCACCUGGACAUUCUGCAAAAAGACGUGGAGAAGGAGUGCGCCUCGCUGGAGAACGUCCCGUCCAACCUGUACGAGUCUGUCUGCGUCCCUGGUCUGGACGAGUUCUUCCAGCAGGGAGGAAGCUUUCCGAUGCCGGAGCAAAAAGUCACGCCUGUCAUGAAUGGAGCUGCAGCGCCCACUUCGCAAGCCUACAUCGACGGAGGCUACAACCACAUAAGCGAGAGCCUUCAUACGUUGAACGACAUGAACCAGGAGGAGAUGGCGCUCGGUGGCCACAACUCCUACGACGAGUCCCAGGAGUACGGCCUCGAAACGCCGCAGUCGCACCCGCCCUAUUUGGACUCGAGUCCCGAGUUCUACCCUUCCACGUCCGCCGUCGUGCACGAAUCAAAGUUCCAGCCCACCUACACGACGAGCAAGGAGUAUUCCAGACCGAGGUACUCCCACCACGACAUGGGCCUCCCCGAGCGCUACACGGGCGCGCAUCACUACGAGCCACCCUUCCAGACGGUCCCCACGGCCGUCCAAAGCGCUGCCGACCACUGGGCGGCGGCCGCCGCGGCCCACCAGAACGGCGUGGCAGCCGCAGCCGCGGCCGCGGCCGCAGCCAACGGCGGCGUCCCUCCGCCCCACCACCACCACCACCCGUCGUCAUUCGGGCCCCUGCACGCGCUUCGCGGCGACGGUCCUCUGGGCCACCUGAGUUCCGGCGCGCUGCAGCGAUCACACCUCGUCGGCGGCGGCGACAGCAAGCCUGUCAUCCAAGCGGCCGUUUUAGCAGGUUAUUCUGGAAGUGGCCCAAUCCAGCUUUGGCAGUUCCUACUUGAACUGCUCACUGACAAAUCCUGCCAAGGCUUCAUCAGCUGGACAGGCGAUGGCUGGGAGUUCAAGUUGACAGACCCGGAUGAAGUGGCCCGGCGCUGGGGCGUUAGAAAAAACAAGCCCAAAAUGAACUAUGAGAAGCUUAGCCGAGGCCUGCGCUACUACUAUGACAAAAACAUAAUCCACAAGACAGCUGGCAAGCGCUAUGUGUACCGCUUCGUGUGCGACCUGCAGACGUUGCUGGGCUACACGCCUGAAGAGCUGCAUGCUAUGGUUGAGUUGAAACCUGAAAAGAAGGAUGAAGACUGAGCCAAUCAGCUUUGAUGCUGGAUUUUGUUCGAUUUGGUGUGUCUCGCGUGAUUUGAGCUCAUCAUAGGUGGUGUUGGUGACGUGUUCUACAGUGCGGACUCGCUGGACAGAUUCCUGCUCACCCAGUGUGUGUGUGCGUGUGUGGUGAACUGACGAGUGCUACAAGACAAGAGACUCUUUGUGAAAGCACAAACAUUUUAAAAACGCAGAAAGCGCUUUAAGAGCCUUUUCUUAGACGUAUUGAAGCAUAAGGAUCGCUGGUGGUCGUUGUACCCCGCCACCUGCAAUACAGAGGUUACCUUUGUCUCACAUGGAGUUGAAGCAUUAGCCUUGCUCAAGCAAUUCACACAUCCAUCAAAUCCUCCUCCUGCCGAUGUGCAGCAGGGAGACAGCACUUGCCAGCUGUCAACUUCAGUGGUUCUUGUAUUUUUGUCUAUGUUGGAAGGUUGACCCUAUUGCUGAGAUGUUAAUACUUUUGUUUUUUAAGGAAAUUGUCUUAAUGGAACUUAACAUUUCAUCAAAGCACCACAGCGGUGCACUAUGCAAUGAGUGUUGAUGAGUGAAAUUGCAGUUGCUCCCAGCAAGCAUUGUGCCCAGAGGGAAAGAUAUUCCCAGUAUCAUGCGAAGUCAAAUCUUUACUACAUGUCCUGUUUUUCAAUUUUAUGCCUUCAUUUGCUUAAAGUGCUUCGUGUAAUGUUUGCGCAAUACUUCUGGCUAUAUUUUUCUGCACAGAUGACAAAAUUUUGGUAGUAUGGCUUUACAAAAUUGAGUGAGGUGUAUCAAGGGUGUGCUGCAUUUUGAGAAGUUGAAGUUCUUUCUGGCAUUCAGCUGUUCAGUUUAUAUAAUAUGGUGUUUUUAUUUAAGUGAACAAUCUGGCCAGAAACACAAUUUUUUAUGUUCCUAAUUGGCUAUGACCGCUGUCAUCUCAGUAACCAUAGCCUAAGAAGUGAAUUGAAUUACUUUGUGAACUGAAAAGUCUGUGUGACUUCUGCUUCCAAAUGGCUGGGUAAAAAAAGUCCUUAGUUUAUUAUAGUGGUAGCUGUAGCCACAUUCUUUAAUGAGGCACCUUUCUGAUUUCUUCAGUAAUCUUUAUCUCUGAGAAAUGUGGCACCAUGCACUUGAGCACAUGAUGUGUAAACAGCCUAAAGGAAAGCUCAUUAUUUUAUCCUAAGCAAAAACUAUUAUUAAAGCUCAAUGUUGCCAAGUACCUUCUUUCGUCUUUUAUCUUUGUUUUAUAGUGCAUUAGUCAUGCAGUCGUUAUUGUAGUCAUGAACAAGAAGUGUUCUUUUUUUUCUUGUUGAAGCGUACCAAGCAAGAAGAUACAGCAAAAAGCCAAAGUAUUUCACUGUCUCAUCUGUUUGCUCUUGGGAGUUUUCUGUUUUGUUGCACAUGACAUCAACAUUUUGUCAUUUGUUUUCUUGUGCUUAUAAUCCUAAAUACCUGCCUGUCGAUGACAGCAAUUACGUUUUUGCGUUGUCAUGGUGCCCAUCACGUUGCGACUUGGUUAAACUUGUACAUAAAUACAUGUAUAUUAUGAGCAUCAAAUUUUUACUUCACGAAUGUAUUUUAUUAGUAACAUAGCUCGAUACGUCUUGCGGCAUUUAUUAGAGGUCAGGAAUAAAUAUAGGACAUGAGAUGACUUUAGGACAGAAGCUAUAUUAGAAUUGUGCAUUUUUCUCAGUGUAGUUGAACUGCACAAAAAAAGAGUGGAUGUGCAUUUUCUGUUGACGAUGAUUCCAUGUUGUUCAUGUGAUGUGAAUGACUUCCUCAAUAUAUAUCUUGCAGUGGGCGACAGGCAUCUACAGUGUUUUGUUGUCCAUAUAAAUGGUGUCUCAAUCAUAACACUUGUUGAAACCGAUUAUUUCGUCCCUGCUAUAACUUAUACUUUAUCCAACAACUUGAAUGCUUCUCUUGAAAGUGCAGUGUACAAAAAGUAUUAAGAAAGUGUGCCGCCAGUAUUUUGUCAUACCGAAACCUUGUGGAAGCAGUGCCUUAAUCUGUUUGUCUUCCAAAGAAGAUUUACAUAUAUUUAUACAAAGCAAAAUUUUUUAUAUGUUUGUGUGGCACAUCCCGAGUUGGAAGUGCAGUGCACGAACGGGAAUGUUUCACCUCUCUACUUCAUGUUUUUUUUUUUCUUUCACGUUCACGCAUCUUUCAUGCGUUACCCGUUCAAAGCUGUGCGCAAGCCUUUGUAAAUUAUUUCCAGAGGUCUCUAUGCUUUUAGCAUGAAGAGAUGAUCUUUAUUUCUAUUUCUUUCUUUACUCCUCCUUUUGUCUUGUCAUUAUUUUUCCUUUUUCGCUUGAAAAGCGUCUGAAGUGCAAGAUCUCAAUAAAGAAGAAAGCAUUACAAACUGCCCCACUGGAGGAUAAUUUUACUGGGGACAUUGUGACAUCUUGUGAUCUGCUAUCUUCACAUACAUUUUUUGCUGACUUGUUUGUAAUGUGAUUCAUUGUUCUCUCGUUUGCUUUACUUCGAAUGAAUGCAAUGUGCAACUUCUGUGGUCUACAGGAAAUAAAAUGCACAUACGAUUUUGAA